AGAGCUUUCUGUCCUUCGUGGCAGCCCGUAGACCAGCACAGCUCUUUUUGCUUGCAUGUGUCCAGUCCGAAGUUCGCUCAGCUUGUAAGCACCACAGCUGUUGGCCCAACUGAACGAUGUCUUCGGCUAGCACAUCCACCAAAUACUAUGUGGGCAUCGACGUGGGAACAGCCAGCGUUCGUGCAGCACUGGUGGACCAAGAGGGCGUUGUGGUGGCCGUGGCCGAAGAGGCCAUCCAAAUCUGGGAGCCUCGGCCUGAUCAUUACGAGCAGUCCUCCACUGACAUCUGGGCUCGGUGCUGCAUUGCCUGCCAGAAAGUGACGCAAGGAGUAGAUGUCAGGCAGAUCCGAGGGAUUGGGUUCGAUGCCACUUGCUCCCUUGUGGUGCUGGACAAGGAUUUCCAGCCACUGGCGGUGAAUGCUCAAGGAGACAACUUGAGAAAUAUUAUCAUGUGGAUGGACCACAGAGCUUUUGAGCAAGCUAAUGAAAUCAAUCAGAGGAGCCACCGGCUGCUUCAGUAUGUGGGUGGCGUGAUGUCUCCAGAGAUGCAGCCCCCCAAGCUCAUGUGGCUUAAACAGAACUUGCCGGAGACUUGCUGGUACAAAGCUGCACACUUUUUUGAUCUGCCAGACUUCUUGUCCUGGAAGGCUACUGAGUGUCUCACAAGGUCCCUCUGCACUCUCAUCUGUAAAUGGACCUACUCCUCCGAGACGGGCUGGGAUGACAGCUUCUGGGAGUCCAUCGGCCUGAAGGACCUGCUGGAAGACGGCUACUCUAAAAUUGGAAGUCAAGUGUGCCCCCCUGGCACUCCCCUGGGCACUGGGCUGACAAAAGAAGCUGCCCAACAGCUGGGUCUGCAUGAAGGAACUGCAGUGGCAGCAUCUCUAAUCGAUGCCCACGCUGGAGGACUAGGUGUACUUGGAGCAGACAUCCAGGGACGUGGUCUCACCUGCCAGGACCGGCCAAUAACGUCUCGCAUGGCUCUGAUCUGCGGCACCUCGUCCUGCCACAUGGCGAUAAGUGAAAAGCCCCUUUUUGUUCCUGGAGUCUGGGGCCCGUACUUCUCUGCCAUGGUGCCAGGGUUUUGGCUAAAUGAAGGUGGACAGAGUGCGACGGGCAGACUGCUGGACUUCAUCGUCCGAGGACAUACCGCUUUCCCGGAGCUGCAAAGACGAGCCGAACACAGCGGUGAGAAUGUCUACACUUUCCUGAACCGUCGUCUCGAGGAGAUUCGAGGGAGUGUGCCAAUGAGCUCGCUGGCUGCAGACCUCCAUGUUUGGCCCGAUUUCCAUGGCAACAGAUCUCCGCUGGCCGACCCGUCUCUGAAAGGCAUGGUGGUGGGCUUGACGCUGUCCCAGUCGCUCGAAGACCUGGCACGCCUCUACCUGGCCACCGUUCAAGCUGUUGCGCUCGGCACGCGGCACAUCCUAGAAGCCAUGAGAGCCGCUGGCCAUCACAUCGAUGCCCUCUUCAUGUGCGGAGGACUCAGCAAGAACCAGCUGUUUGUGCAAACGCACGCCGACGUCACAGGUCUGCCCGUCAUCCUGUCCCACGAGGUGGAGUCGGUCUUGGUGGGUGCCGCCAUCCUGGGAGCCUGUGCUUCGGGGGAUUUCACAUCUAUUCAGGAAGUCAUGGAAGGAAUGACGAAGGUUGGGAAGGUCGUGGAGCCCGACGCUGAUCAGCAAAGCUUUUACGACAGAAAGUUUCGCGUCUUCCUCCGGCUGGCGGAGCAGCAGCGCGAGUGCAGAGCCCUGAUGCGCGACUGAGGGAGGCGUGGCCGCCGGUGACGUCACAGACAGAGCGUGCGCUUUACCCUGCGGGGUCCAACCAGG